AUGGUGCUUAGGAUCCGGCUUCUUGCAAACUAUCUCUCCAACUUACCCGGCCUUGCAUCUGCGACUCUUAUAUUCAAUGAUACACCAUUCAAUGACUUUACCAGCCUUUCAAGAACCAUUAACAAAAACUGGCCAUCACUCUCACAGGACGGCAAGAUAUCUAUCAGUCCUCUCAAGGUUCCCAAAUCUUUUUUUGGACAAGUCCUGCCUGACAAGUUCGUCGAUGCAGGAUUCUCCUUUACGGCACUUCACUGGCUGCAAUGCAUGCCAUCUUCGUUUGAGCCAUCAGUCCUGGCUGAGUACGCUCACGAAGAUCUAUUGUCUUUCUUGUCAGCUCGUCAUAGGGAAAUUCGGCCAGAGGGUAUACUUACACUCUGUAUUCCCUGUCAUGGCCCGAUUGGAGUUGACCCUGCUGUUGCGAGUCUGCAAGCUAGUAUCCGUAGCCUCGCGAGUACUUCUCAUGUCGAUCCGUUCUUCGAAGUCCGUUUACCACUUUACUUCCGCACCAUGGAACAGAUAUUGUCUUCGAUCAAUGCCGAACGGGGUAAAUGGGUAGUCAAAUCUCACGUAACAGUUCCAAUCAUGCACCCUUCAUGGUCUUCAGCUGUGUUGGACAAAUCCGCUACUGACAUGGCAGCCAAGGUCAGGUAUGUGUCUGGGAUUACUGGCUUUACAAUUGCCGCAUGCUCCCGGUUCUUAACGGAUGAGAUGGGUGAAUACCCCAAGAAAAGAGAUCUCAAUGGACCUGCCUUACCAUUCGGGGUUCUUACAGAGGCAACAUUCCUCGAGGACUUAUCAGCUUGCUACAGGGAUGAUUGA